CUUCAGUCGCCGCCGCCCCGCGCCCAGCCCCGCCGCCGCCUGCUCCGCCGCCUCCUCGCCAUGACGGCCAACGGGACGUCGUCGGAGUCGCUCCCGAUCCAGUUCGGGCUGAUCAACUGCGGGAACAAGUACCUGACGGCCGAGGCCUUCGGCUUCAAGCUCAACGCGUCGGCGCCCAGCCUGAAGAAGAAGCAGAUCUGGACGCUGGAGCAGAACGGCGACGACUCGAGCGUGGUCUUCCUCCGGAGCCACCUGGGCCGCUACCUGGCCGCCGACAAGGACGGGCAGGUGAGCUGCGAGAGCGAGGCGCCCUCGGCCGACUGCCGCUUCGUCAUCGUGGCGCACGACGACGGGCGCUGGUCGCUUCAGUCGGAGCCGCACCGGCGCUUCUUCGGCGGCACCGAGGACCGGCUCUCGUGCUUCGCGCAGGCCGUCUCCGGCGCCGAGAAGUGGCGCGUCCACCUGGCCCUGCACCCGCAGCUCCACCUCUUCAGCCUCAGCCGCAAGCGCUACGCCCAGCUGGGCGCGGCCGGCGAGGAGCUGGCCGUGGCCCGCGACGUGCCCUGGGGCGUGGACGCGCUCAUCACGCUGCUCUUCCACGAGGGCCGCUACCGGCUGCAGACGCGCGACCACCGCCUGCUGCGCCACGACGGGCAGCUGGUGGGCCGCGCCGAGCCGGGCGCCGAGUACACGCUGGAGUUCCGCGCCGGCAAGGUGGCCUUCCGCGACUGGCAGGGCCGCUACCUGGCCCCCUCCGGCCCCAGCGGCACGCUCAAGGCCGGCAAGGCCGCCAAGGUGGGCAAGGACGAGCUCUUCGUGCUGGAGCAGAGCUGCCCGCAGGUGGUCCUGCGCGCCGCCAACGAGAGGAACGUCUCCACCCGCCAAGGGAUCGAUCUUUCAGCAAAUCAAGAUGAGGAGAGUGACCAAGAAACCUUCCAAAUGGAAAUCAACAAAGACACAAAGAAAUGCACCUUCAGGACUUGUACUGGGAAAUACUGGACUCUGACCUCAAACGGUGGGGUGCAAUCCACCGCCUCAACUAACAGGAAUGCUAACUGUUACUUCGAUAUCGAGUGGUGUGACCGGCGCAUCACUUUGAAAGCUGCCAAUGGCAAAUACGUUACAGCCAAGAAGAAUGGGCAACUUGCUGCUACGGUUGAAACUGCCAGUGAGACGGAGCAGUUCCUCAUGAAGCUGAUUAACCGGCCAAUCAUUGUUCUUCGUGGAGAACAUGGCUUCAUUGGCUGCCGGAAGAUGACAGGCACCCUAGAUUGCAACCGAUCUUCCUACGAUGUCUUUCAGCUGGAGUUUAAUGAUGGUGCCUACAAUAUCAAAGAUUCCACUGGGAAAUACUGGAUGGUUGGGAACGAGGCAUCCAUUACCAGUAGCAGUGAUACUCCCGUGGACUUCUUCUUUGAGUUCUGCGACUUUAACAAGGUGGCCAUCAAAGUCAACAACAAAUACCUGAAGGGUGACCACGCUGGAGUCCUCAAAGCCUCUGCCGAUGCCAUUGACCCAUCCACCCUCUGGGAGUAUUAAAUGCACUUUACUGUCCUUUCCUUCGCUCUCGGCUUCCUCUCUCCCCUAAUUCCUUUUCAGUUGCCAACUUCCUGCAGGAUUUUUCUUUGGUAUGUUCUGGUGUGUGUUUUCCGAGAGAGGGGUUAUAUCUUUCAGACUGGCCUGCCAUGUUGUUGUUGUUGUUGUUUUAAGUUGGCUUUUUCCCUUCGUUAUGUGAGUUCAUUUAAAACUGGAAAACAUUCCCUUGCAGAAAAUGUCAUGCUCUCACCUUAGACUUUUAUGGGGAAAGAAAGGAAAAGUUGGGUGCUAGAUGGGCAGAUCUCUCCUUUUGCCUCUGCUGGUCCUUCUGAAUUGAAAAGGGGUAUAUUUCUCAUAACUGGAAUCAGCAAACUUACCCCACUCCACCCCCAUCUCUUAGAGUUCCUCCUCAGAAGGUGGGUCCCCAGGAAGAGCUGGUCUUGAGAUCAUCAAGAGUCCGCUUUGGAAAAUCUUGAGUUGCUGCAGUGUCCGCUUUCUGGCUCGAUGCAGGUGACACACCUAGCUCUUGUUCAAACCGGGCCUUCCAGUUUGGUGGGCAUUUUCUGUAGUAGGAAUUAGAGAAUUAGCAUUCUCUUUCUUGGCUUUUGAUUUUAAGUUGCUGGCCCCCAUUCUCUAGUGAAGGUAGCAAAGAAAUAGUUUAGCGUAUCUUGUCAUUCCGUGUAAUGAGAGAAGGGGUGAGUCAGUCAAGGUGAGCUACCAAAGCAGGACGGACACAAGGAUUAGAAGCUCUGUCCAUAUGCUCACAGAUCAAAUGAGCUGCUUUUUAUGAAUGGAAUUGUACUGGACCUCCAGACGUUCAUCUCAUGAAAGACUCAAGUGAGUUCCUUUUUUUUGUACACUUCCUUGGGUGCUUUUAAGUGCCCCCAAAGCAUCUCUGAACAUCUCCAAAAAUCAUGCUGAGAAGCCAUUGAUGCUGCCUUAUGGUUCCUUUCCCUUUCUCCCUGGAAGGUACAACUGUUAGAGAAAUCUCAGUCUCUUUUAUACAUUCUCGCAUUGGGUGUCUUAGAAUUUCAUUAGAGCAGGCCAGGACUAUCUUGAAGCUGUUGCCUAUGGAUUGCUGACUGCAUCAGAUGGGCAUGGAGUUGCACAUUACGUCGGCACAUCUUUUUUUGCUUUUGCCUCAGGUGGGGAAAAACAUCUCAGCAUCUCCUAUUUCCCUCCACCAUGCUCCCAUACAGGGUGUUUCCCUGCCAGCAGCUGCCCGUGUGAUACAACAGACUUGGAGAGAGAUCUUCAGUCGAACAGGACCUUAGUCAUGGCACAGAUCAGUCUGCAGGAGGACUGAGACCUGUGGAUCCCCCUUGGUUUUCCUCUGAGGGCUUCUCAUUGAAAUGUCUCAAUAGAUUUUGGGGUAGGUAUGAAAGAUAAGAUUGGGGGAGCUGAAACAGAAAGAGGGGAAGCCAUGCUGCGCAUGCACAAACAUUCAGGGGAAUCCUUGAUCUCCAACUAUGUGUUUUCCUUAAAGUAGCAACAUUUGCACAGUACAUGUUCACCACAUUUUUCUGUCUGUUGCCCUGUACUGGAAUUGGUCUUCUUCCCACCGCCCAUUCACCAAUUUCUGGCUUGGGCAUCCCGAU